UGCGUUCGCGCGGUCGCUUCGACUAACGGGUUAUAAUUGUGAAUAUGUGCUAAAGUGAAAAGAAAAUUGUGAAGUGUUUAAUUGUGCAGUGAAUCGACAAGGAUUCGCAGGAUAGCGGACUGCCAACAUUGAAUACUUCAAUAUCAAGGAUAAAACGGAUUACCAGUGAUAUAUGCAAUAUAAAUAAAAAUAUAUUUGUGCCUGCCAUAAAAUGACAUCCAAGUACAUUUACUUCUUGGCAUGGUUGCUAAUUCUCAACCAAGUGUGCGCCGAAGAAGGCGAUGUAAUUAUGUCUGAUGCUGAUGAUCAAGAUAUAGAUCCCCUGGCUCAGUCGGCACCGGAUGUUGAUAAUAAGGAACGCCAGGAACGUCAUUUCAAUUUUGGAUAUCGUAAGGCGCCUGCUGUGAGUGCGCGCUAUACCUACGACUACAAUGAUGCUCCGCCUGCAAGCGUUGACUAUGGUGGCAAGCUGUUUCCUAUCAAGGGCAGCAUUAAGACCGGGAGCUCAAACAUCCUCAACAAUGCGCUUAGCUUAUUCGGCAUGGGCAAAGGUGUGAAGGGCAACUUUUAUGGAAAUGCCGCUCAAUCGUUGAGAACGUAUGGCAAAUGCGCAGAGCUUCCACUGCCACAAAAUGUGCUGUCCCAAUGCGAUGGCAGUGGUAGGUGUCAAGUGUAUUGCCCGGAUGGUUAUACGUUUUCCCAGGACACCAAAUCCCUGGAUCUUUUUUGCAGCAACGAUGGCUGGAUAAUAGUCAACUCGGAGUUUACUCGAGUGCCGCCUUGUCAGGCUGUGUGCUUGCCGCCAUGCGAGAACAAUGGCAUCUGUCUACAAGCAGGCAUAUGCCAGUGUCCGGAGAACUAUUCAGGCCCGUUAUGCCAGCACAAGAAGUCCGUGUGUGCCGCCAAGCCGCCAGUGCCCAAGAAUUCCAAGGUGUCCUGCAAAAAUAAUUUUUGUAAUGCUCAAUGCAUGCGAGGCUUUCAGUUCCCGGACGGCAGCGGCAUCGCCAACAUUGAAUGCCGCAAUGGCCAGUGGGUGCAUUCCAAAACUGGACUUGCCAAGAUGCCAGACUGUGGCCCAACCUGCUCGCCGGCCUGCGAGAACGGCGGACAGUGCAUCAGCUUCAACAUCUGUCAGUGCUCCAAGAUACAUCGCGGCUCAUAUUGCCAAUACAGCAUUUCUAGUUGCAAUGUAACCAAUACGCAUUUCAAUGGCAACUAUAAGUGCGCUUACGACACGGAGGAGGCACGCUGCACCUUUAGUUGUCCACAGGUGAAGGGUCUCCAGGUGCAAGGGCGCCUCGACAUGGAGUAUAAGUGCAGUUAUAAGGAUGGCGUUUAUUUGCCUGCGCCAUUGCCAAAGUGCAUUUUCCCUCCUGGAUAUACCAUUAGAUCGGGCAGCGUGCAAGUGACGCAUAUGCAGCAGCCGGGUCGCACAUAUCAUGGCGCCUUUAGCGGGGAGAUUACCUCGGAGCUGAGAAGUCAACGGGAGAUUCUGUUGGCGUUGCUCGCCAAGUAUAAGGAUCUGGAACGUCGUAGUGAAUGGUGGUCAUCGGAGGAAACAGUGUCAACUCUCAGCAGCUACUCCCUGUACAUGAGCGGCGAGGUGGAUGUGGUCAUCGAUCAGUCACCAAGGCCAGCAAUGUGCACCACCUGGGGUGGCAUCAAUAUAAAAACUUUCGAUGGCUUAGUUUUCAAAGCACCUUUGUCCUGUUCCCAUACGUUGAUCUUGGACAAAGUGUCUGGCACUUUUGAUGUAACACUAAAAGCAUGUCCCUAUGGCUCUGGCUAUGGCUGUGCGCACACACUGAAGAUUCAAUGGCAAUCGGUGCUUUAUAUCCUGGAGAACUUAAAUGGCACCAUACGCUUGUCCACGCCCAACAAACAGUUGCCCAUACCCGUUCAGGUCAUGGGCAUGAAGGUGAUGCCAGUGGCGCAGCAUGUUCAAAUUGAUCUGGAAUCAAUCGGGCUCAAGCUCGACUGGGAUCAUCAACAGUACGUGGCUGUGCAUGCAGGUCCUGCCAUGUGGGGCAAAGUGGGUGGUCUAUGUGGCUCUCUGGACGGUGACUAUCGCAACGAUUUAAUGUCUCGAACUGGCAAGAAGCUGGAGACAGUGAAGGCAUUCACCGAUACCUGGCGUGUGGAUGACCACAGUGAAAUGUGCCGAGUGGAGAACAGCGCCGAAUUGGAAUUUGGCAUUGAAUCCUGUGAGCAGAGCAAGCUCCAGAAGGCAGUCACUAUUUGUGAGCGUCUGCUGGCCAACGAGAAGCUGAGCGACUGCAUCAAACCUUUCAACUACGAUGCACUCAUCCGCACCUGCAUCGCCGACUAUUGCAACUGUGCGAAUCGCGAGAGGCCCGAAAGCUGCAAUUGCGAUGCCAUUGCCAUGCUGGCCAAGGAAUGCAUGUUCAAGGGUAUUCAAUUAGAGCACGGCUGGCGUAAUCUGGAAAUAUGCCCCAUCAGCUGCGGCUUUGGACGCGUCUAUCGCGCCUGUGGGCCGGAUGUGGAGCCAACCUGUGAAUCAGGUCUGACAGUCGCUGCACCCACAAAAGACAAGUGCAACGAGGGCUGCUUCUGUCCCGAAGGCACGGUCCAGUACAAGGAUGCGUGCAUCACUCGGGAGCUGUGUCCCUGCUCGUUGCGUGGCCGCGAGUUCAAGCCCGAGGCAACGGUCAAGAAGAACUGUAAUACUUGCACCUGCAAGAACGGGCAGUGGAAUUGCACAGACGAUAAAUGUGGUGCACGCUGCGGUGCUAUUGGUGAUCCUCAUUAUCAGACUUUCGAUGGCAAGCGAUACGAUUUCAUGGGCAAGUGCUCGUACUAUUUGCUGAAGACACCGAACAUGUCUGUGGAGGCGGAGAACAUUGCCUGCUCCGGUGCCGUAUCCGAGGCACUCAGCUAUGCGGCACCCGAUGAUCCCUCCUGCACCAAGUCGGUAACCGUGCGAUUCGUACUACGCGACGGCACCCCAACCACAAUCAAACUGGAUCAGGGCUUGACGACGGUCGUCAAUGACAAGCCCAUUGCCAAGCUGCCAAAGAUGUUGGGCGCCGGUGAGGUCCUGAUAAGACGCGCCAGCUCUACGUUCUUGACCGUGGACUUUGCCGGGGGCAUACGCGUCUGGUGGGAUGGUGUGUCGCGUGUCUAUAUUGAUGCACCGCCGAGCUGGCGUGGCCAGACGCAAGGUCUGUGCGGCACAUUCAAUUCCAAUACACAGGAUGACUUCCUGACACCCGAGGGCGAUGUUGAAACGGGUAUUGAGGCAUUUGCGGACAAGUGGCGCACCAAGGACACCUGCCAGUUCCAGGCGGAGACCCACCAGGGACCGCACCCUUGCACCCUGAGCCCAGAGAAGAAGGCGAUUGCAGAGAAGCACUGCGACUGGAUAUUGCAGGACAUAUUCCAGGAGUGUCACUUCAUGGUGGAGCCUGAAAAGUUCUACGAGGACUGUCUUUACGAUACUUGCGCCUGCAAGGACGAGCCCGAGAAGUGUUUCUGUCCCAUUCUCUCUGCUUACGGUACCGAAUGCAUGCGACAAGGAGUCAAAACUGGUUGGCGCAUGACUGUAAAGGAAUGCGCUGUCAAGUGUCCCAUGGGUCAGGUGUUUGAUGAGUGUGGCGAUGGUUGCGCCUUGACUUGUGACGACCUGCCUGGCAAGAACAGCUGCACCCGUGAGUGUGUCGAGGGCUGUCGCUGUCCCCAUGGGGAGUACGUCAAUGACCAGGGUAUCUGUGUGCCCAAGCACAAGUGUCAUUGCAGCUUUGAUGGCAUGAUCUUCCGGCCUGGCUACAAAGAAGUGCGUCCAGGUGGCAAAUUCCUUGAUCUCUGCACCUGUGUGGAUGGCGUUUGGGAUUGCCAGGAUGCUGAUCCGGGCGAUGAUGUCAAGUAUCCACCCUCGUCGGAGCUGCGCAGCAAGUGUGUCAAGCAACCAUUUGCGGAGUUCACCAAGUGUGCACCCAAAGAGCCGAAAACCUGCAAGAAUAUGGAUAAGUAUGUGGCGGACUCUGUAGACUGCUUGCCUGGCUGCGUCUGCAUGGAGAGCUAUGUCUACGACACAUCUCGGCAAGCUUGUGUGCUGCCCACAAACUGUUCUUGCCAUCAUGCUGGCAAGAGCUAUGACGAUGGCGACAAGAUCAAGGAGGAUUGCAAUACGUGCGUGUGCCAGGCGGGCAAUUGGAAGUGCUCCGACAAUGGCUGUGAAUCCACUUGCAGCGUGUGGGGCGACUCACAUUUCACCACCUACGAUGGUCAAGAUUUUGACUUCCAGGGCGCUUGCGAUUAUGUGCUCUCCAAGGGCGCUUUCGAGAAUGGCGAUGGCUUCAGUAUUACCAUACAGAAUGUGCUGUGUGGUACAAUGGGAGUCACAUGCUCUAAAUCGCUGGAAAUUGCAUUGACUGGGCGGGCGAAGGAAUCAUUGCUGCUGAGUAAGGAUUCGGCUUACAGCGUAGAUCCCAAUAAGUCGGCCAUUAAAAAACUUCGAGACAGCGUCCAUUCCAAUGGCCACAACGCGUUCCACAUUUACAAAUCAGGCGUAUUUGUUGUUGUCGAGGUUAUUCCUCUCAAGCUACAAGUGAAAUGGGACGAGGGCACGCGUGUUUAUGUCAAAUUGGGCAACGAAUGGCGCAACAAGGUCAGCGGCUUGUGUGGCAAUUACAAUGGAAACAGCCAGGAUGAUAUGCAAACGCCAUCAUUGGGCUUGGAAACAAGUGCCAUGCUCUUUGGUCACUCCUGGAAGCUGCAGCCACAUUGCGCAGCACCCGUGGCACCAAUCGAUGCCUGCCGCCAGCAUCCAGAACGCGAAACGUGGGCGCAACUUAAGUGCGGCGCCCUGAAAUCUGAACUUUUCGAGCCCUGCCAUGCGGAGGUGCCACUGGAGCGCUAUCUGAAGCGUUGCAUCUUCGAUACGUGCGCCUGUGAUCAGGGUGGCGAUUGCGAGUGCCUGUGCACGGCUGUGGCGGCCUAUGCGGAUGCCUGUGCCCAGAAGGGCAUCAACAUACGCUGGCGAUCCCAACAUUUCUGCCCCAUGCAAUGCGAUCCACACUGCUCGGAGUACAAGUCCUGUACGCCCGCCUGCGCCGUAGAGACCUGCGACAAUUUCUUGGAUCAGGGCAUUGCGGAGCGCAUGUGCACGCGCGAAAACUGCGUUGAGGGCUGCCAAAUUAAGCCCUGUGAGGAUGGCUUCAUCUACUUGAAUGACACCUAUAGGCAGUGCGUGCCCAAGGCGGAGUGCAAGCCUGUGUGCAUGAUGAAGGAGGGCAAGACCUACUAUGAGGGAGACGUAACGUUCCAGGAUGCCUGUGCCACUUGCCGAUGCUCGAAGCGCAAGGAAAUCUGUAGCGGCGUUAAGUGCGAUGAGCCCCAUACGCCGGCAACGUCUGCGCCAUAUAUUAAGGGCACCACCGAACCACCGCUAGCCACGCAGAACCAAACGAAAUGCGUGCGAGGCUGGACGCGUUGGUUUGACAACGACGCCGAUACCACAGAGAAGAUUGUGCGGCUCAACGAUGAGGAGAAGCUGCCGCGCUACGAUCGUCUGGAGAGCAUCUAUGGCACCUGUCUCAAGAAGUACAUGACCAAGGUGGAUUGCCGUGUGAAGGGCACUCACGAGCCGCCCGAGCUAAUGGAUGAGAAUGUUGUCUGCAGCCUGGCUGAGGGCUUGCGUUGCAUUGGCAAGUGCCAUGACUACGAGCUGCGCGCGUUCUGCCAGUGCGAUGGCGAGACGGAGCUCACGACACCUAAGCCAAUCGAAAAGCCCCAAAUCGGCGCCAGCUGCGACGUGGGCGUGGUCGAGUACAAAGAGUAUCCCGGCGAUUGCCAUAAGUUCCUGCACUGCCAGCCCAAAGGCGUCGAUGGUGGCUGGGUGUACGUGGAGAAGACGUGCGGCGAGUUCAUGAUGUUCAAUCCCACCAUGUUCAAUUGCGAUCACAUUAGCAUUGUCCAAGAGCUGAAGCCCAGCUGCGACAAUCGCAAGCCAGAGCCUGAGCAGGAGCUCAUUAUGCAGUGUGACGAGGACAAGAUCUGGUCAGAGUGCGCCAACCAGUGCGAGAACACUUGCCACUACUACGGCAGCAUUCUGCGUAAACGCGGCCUGUGCCAGCACGGCGAGCACUGCAAACCCGGCUGUGUGGAUAAACUGCGUCCGGACUGUCCCAAACUGGGCAAGUACUGGCGUGAUGAAGACACCUGCGUGCAUGCGGAUGAGUGCCCGUGCAUGGACAACGACGAGCAGUAUGUGCAGCCCCACAAGCCCGUCGUGGGUGAGCUGGAGAUUUGCCAGUGCAUCGACAAUGCCUUCACAUGUGUGCCCAAUAAACCGGAGCCAGUGCCAGAGUCAACAAUAAAGCCGUUUGAACCCAUAGUGCCCAUAGUUCCGAUUACUCUGACGCCACCAUUGCAUUGCGCACCCGAGCGUCUCAUCCCCAUGAUUGAAAAUGGCCAGCAUUCAUUGCCCGAUAGCAUCUUCAAUGCUAGCUCCCAGCUGGCACCAGAGCAUGCGCCGCACAAAGCGCGUCUGAGCAAGAAGCCGACGACGGACAGCGGCAGCUGGUCACCACAGAUCAACGAUCAGAUGCAGUACUUGGAGCUGAACUUAAAGCAUCCGGAGCCCAUUUAUGGAGUCAUCAUGGCUGGCAGUCCCGAAUUCAACAACUAUGUGACGCUCUUCAAGAUCCUGCACAGUCACGAUGGCAUCGCCUAUAACUAUCUGGUCGAUGAGACGGACAUGCCGCAGUUGUUUAAUGGACCAUUGGAUUCCCGAGAGCCCGUGCAGACGCUCUUUAAGAUACCCAUUGAGGCGAGCUCACUGAGAAUUUACCCACUCAAGUGGCAUGGAUCGAUUGCAAUGCGUGUCGAGCUGUUGAUUUGUGGUGAGCUGCCAGUUGUCACUCUGCCACCGCCCACAUUGCCCACAAGCACAGAGCGUCCGUCCAUGCAUUACGAGCUGGAGUGUGUCGAUGAAAUGGGCGUGGAUAAGGGCGAGAUGCAUGAGCAACAGAUACAGGCGAGCAGCUUGUGGCAGCUGCACCAAGCGGCUAGGAAACCACGUUUACAUGACCUGCUCAAGCUGUCCACACCCCAGGCAUGGCGUCCGCUUGCCAAUACGCCCAAUGAGUUUAUCGAAUUUGAUUUCCUGGAGCCGCGCAAUGUAUCCGGUUUUAUUACCAAGGGCGGCUCCGAUGGCUGGGUGACUGGCUAUAAGGUUAUGUUCUCAAAGAAGAAGCCCACUUGGAACACGGUGCUGGCACCCAACGGACAGCCACGUAUAUUCGAGGCAAAUGUGGACGAGCAGACGCCGCGUACCCAUCACUUUAAGAAGCCAAUCCUGGCGCAGUAUCUGAAGAUUGUGCCCGCCAAGUGGGAGCGCAACAUAAACAUGCGCAUCGAGCCCCUGGGUUGCUUUAAGCCUUAUCCUGUGGUGAAGGAGGAGAAAUACGAGGAAAAAGUGGAGCCCACCAAGUGCAAUGUGUGCGAAGGAAUCACCAGCUCCAGCCCCGAUGCCAAGAAGUGCCAAUGCAGUGACCAGCUCUACUGGGACGGCAACAAGUGUGUGCAGCGCAAUCUCUGCCCUUGUGUGGAGAACUAUGUCAGCUAUCCGAUCGGCAGCAAGUUCGAGAAUGCCGCCUGUGAGGAGUGUGUCUGCGUUUUGGGUGGACGCCACAAUUGCAAACCCAAGAAGUGUGCACCAUGCGAAGAGCGUCAUCUGCGUCCGGUCAUAACCAGCGACUGCUUCUGCAAGUGCGAGCCAUGUCCCAAGCACCAGCGUCUGUGCCCCUCCAGCGGCGAUUGCAUACCGGAGAUUCUGUGGUGUAAUGGCGUGCAGGAUUGCGCGGACGAUGAAGAUGCCAGCUGUCGGGACUCAUUCACUGUAGAGCCCGAUAUCAAGCGUGAGAAGAAUGAAACAACGGUUAUCACCUGCCCUGCGCCUGUUUGUCCACCCCAAAUGAAGAUCAAAAUUAUUGAGAAGAAGGCACGCAAGAUGUCCAAGAUCUUCACAUUCCACAAACAAGUGUCCAUUGUGGAUGACGGCGUCAGCAUAACGAAAACCAAGUUUAUUUCCUCAAACGAGAAAAUUUUGGCCAUGCCCGGCAGCGAGCUGAACUACCAGGAAGAGGAGGAGUGCAGUGAAUUCACCUGUGUGCCGAUACCCACCAAGGAGGUGAACAAAAACGAGACAAUCACCUGCGUGGAGCCCAAAUGCCCGGAGAAAUACGAUGUCGAGCUAGACCUGAGCACCGCCAAGGCGGGCGACUGCCUCCGUUAUACGUGCGUGCUGCGACCCAAUAAGGAUGAUGUGUGCGAGAUUAGCGGCAAGAGCUUCACCACCUUCGAUGGCACCAUGUUCAAAUAUAGCCCGUGCAGUCAUAUACUAGCCAGAGACAUACACAACGGCAGCUGGACCAUAUCGGUUCAUCAGCAGUGCAGCGAUGAGACGCGCAAAGUGUGCCAUAAAGUGGUCAGCAUUCAGGAUCUGCAGGCCGGCAACGAGCUAGUGCUGUUGCCACAUCUCAAGGUGAAAUUCAAUGGCUUCGAGUUCACCGUGGAUCAGCUCAUCAAUUCGCCCAUUUGCAAGGCAUCGUUCGUGGUCUCGCAGCCGGGCAAAACGUUGCUCGCCGUGUCCACCAAAUAUGGCUUCUGGGUGCAAUUGGAUGACAUUGGCAUACUCAAGGUGGGCAUCUCCUCCAAAUUUCUACGCACUGUGGACGGCCUGUGUGGCUACUACAAUGGCAUUCCACGGGACGACAAGCGCACGCCCGAUGGUCAAGUCUUGGCCAACACGGAGAAGUUCGGUAAGAGUUGGUACGACAAACGCAUUCCUCUGGAUCAAUGUGGCGAUCAGAAGUGCACCAGGCAGCUGCAGGCCAAGGCGUUGCAGCUAUGUAACAUCAUCAACCAUCCCACCUUCGCCAAGUGCCACAAGGCUGUCAACUAUAAGCAGUUCUCCAACAACUACUGCCUGGAGGCUGCCUGCGAUUGCUUGCUGGCAAAUAAUGGAGAUGCCUCGGCAUGCAAGUGCAACAUACUCGAGAGUUUCGUGAAGAAGUGCCUCAGUGUCAAUCCACUGGUGCAGCUAAACACCUGGCGAGCGGUGCAUCAGUGCGAUAUUAGCUGUCCGGCUCCCUUGGUGCACACCGAUUGCUAUAAGCGACGCUGUGAGCCUUCCUGCGACAAUUUGCAUGGCGAUGAUUGUCCUGUGCUGCCGGAUGUCUGCUUCCCGGGCUGUUAUUGUCCCGAGGGCACCGUUCGCAAUGGCCCCAAGUGUGUGCCCAUCGCCGACUGCAAGGACUGUGUGUGCAAGGCAUUGGGCAACUCCAAGUACCUGACCUAUGAUCGCAAGAGCUUCAGUUUCAAUGGCAACUGCACCUACCUGCUGUCCCGGGAUGUGGUGCUGCCAGGUGUGCACACGUUCCAGGUGUACGUCAGCAUGGAUGAUUGCAAGAAGCUUGGCCAAGUCCGCGCCAUGGAAGGUGCCAGCUGUCCCAAGUCGCUCCAUGUGCUCAACGGCGACCAUGUGAUUCAUGUGCAGCGUGUGCCGAGUCAUCCAAAGGCACUGCAAGUGCUGGUGGAUGGCUUCGAGGUGAAGAAGAUGCCAUACAAAGACAGCUGGAUAACGUUGCGCCAAGUGGUGGGCAAGGAACUCGUGCUCUCUCUGCCCGAAUCGCAUGUGGAGCUGACAGCCUCAUUCGAGAACCUGAUCUUCACGCUCGGUGUGCCCGGCAUCAAGUAUGGCAGCAAGAUGGAAGGACUUUGUGGGGAUUGCAAUGAAGACCCCAGCAAUGACUUGAAGCCAAAUCCGGCCAAGAAGAAGCCGGGCAUGGAUCCAAUACAGACCUGGCAGGCCGAUGAGCCCAAAUUGGGCUUAACCAAUGACCAGGAGUGCUUGAGUGAGGAUGUGCCCAAGGAGCACUGCAUACCAUUGCCGCCAGAGAAGGAUCCCUGCCUGCAGUUCUACAACGAGAAGCUGUUCGGCAAGUGUCCGCUCGUUGUGGACCCCAUUGGCUAUGUGUCGGCCUGUCAGCAGGAUAUCUGCAAGCCGGGCAACACCCAGCAAGGCGUCUGCUUAUCCCUGGCCGCCUAUGCGAAGGAGUGCAACAGCAAGGGCAUCUGCACCGACUGGCGCCGUCCAGAGCUUUGUCCGUUCGAGUGUCCCAGCGACAUGGUCUACGAACCCUGCGGCUGUGCCAAGAACUGCGAUACGGUCAAGGCCAUGACCGACUACGAUGCGGUUAACAUAAAGACCGAUACGGUGUUCCACACGGUGAGCAGCGACGAUAUGUGCCUCAGCUCGGAGCGCUUUGAGGGUUGCUUCUGUCCGGCUGGGCAAGUUAUGGAUGACGGCAAAUGCAUACCCGAGGCGGCGUGCACCAAAUGCGAUGACGGCGAGCACCUGCCGGGCGAUAAAUGGAAGCAGGACAAGUGCACCGAUUGCCAGUGUGAUGCCAGGGGCAAGAGCUCGUGCGUGGAGAAGAAGUGUCAAGUGGAGGAGAACAUAUGCGCCGAGGGCUACAAGCCACAGACCAUAGUUAGCGCCGAGGAGUGCUGCCCACGCUAUCGCUGCGUGCCGGAGCCCAAGGAAUCACAAAAGCUCUGCCUGGCUCCACUGAUGCCUGUGUGUGGACCAGGUCAAUUUAAGAAGCAGAAAAACGAUGUCAACGGCUGUCCACAGUACAUUUGCGAAUGCAAGCCCAAGGAAGAUUGUGAUCCACUGGAGCCACCGCGUCAGCUGUUGCCUGGCGAGCAGCUCGUCAAGAUCGAUGAAGGCUGUUGUCCCACACAGAAGAUUGUCUGUAAGCCGGAUCAGUGCCCGCCUGCCCCAGUCAACUGCCAGAAACGCUUCUACGAGGUCAGCACACAGAAGGCAGAAGGCGCCUGCUGUGCCACACAUAAAUGCGUGCCGCCCAAGCAUUUGUGCAUUGUGCAAUAUGAGGUGCACGAAUCGAGCAGUUUCACCAAGCAAAUCGGUGACAAGUGGCAGCAUGCCAAGGAUGUCUGCAAGCAGGAGCAGUGCGUCUAUGGACCCGAUGGCAUUGCACAGGUUAUCAGCACGUUGCAACAAUGCUCAACGGAUUGCCCAGCUGGCUAUAGCUAUCAGAAGCUGGACAAGAGCAAAUGCUGCGGCGAAUGCGUGCAGACGUCCUGUGUGUUCGAGAACAAACUGUACGAUGUUCAUGCUGUAUGGAGCUCACCCGACAAUUGUACACACUAUGUAUGCCUGAAGAAGGAUAAAAUGCUAAUGGUCAGUUCUUCGAUCGAGGUCUGCCCAGACGUCAGUCGCUGUCCAGAGCACUUGCAGUUUGUGGAGGGCUGCUGUAAGCUCUGUAAAUCGGAGCCAAUCAUUGAGAAUCUAUCCAACUGUUUGCCAGUUUCUUUGGCCGAGCCGCUGACGAAGGAGUUGCUAAAGUAUACCAAGCCUGGUCAUGGUGUCUGUGUGAAUGCGGAGCCCAUCAAGGGCUUCACGGAUUGCGAGGGCGCCUGCAGCUCGGGCUCCAAAUAUAACAAACUAACGGAUGUGCAUGAGAAGUUCUGCACCUGUUGCACCAUUAAAUCCUACGAAUCGAUCUCAAUCAAAAUGGUCUGCGAAGAUGGUUUCACAUUCAAUCAGCGCCAUGAGGUGCCAUCGAAUUGUGGUUGCUCGCCGUGCGCUGAGUUCUCAGAGAGCGUAAUAGAUAUGCGAAUGGCUGAGACGAAGCAAAAGCCACUGUCAUUGCUGCAGUUUAUUGGCCAUUGAGGUUGUACUUGCUCUGCUAUCCUAGUUUGUCAUAAUAAAUUCAUUUACUAUAACUAAAAUUAAAAGAAUAUUCCAAAA